AGGGCGGCUGGGUGGCGGCGGCGGGACGGCAGGGGACGGGGGCUCUGUCACGGAGCGGGCGAGGGGCGGCUGUUGCCGCCGGCCGGUGCUGCUCCGAACCGUGAGGCGGGGCUGGGGGGAGAAGAGGGAGCUGCUCGGGUCGAGUCCCGGGGUUGUGUGGCUCGCAGGAGCUUGGGACGGGCUCCGGCUGAUGGUGGUCCCUGCGUGAGGAGGGGCUGAGGUAACCGCCGCCAGGUCGGUGUUGGGCGAGAGGCGAGCGUAAUGCGGUGUGAGCAUCGGGAUAAGGUGCUGAUAAACGGCUGCUGAAGGGUGUCAGUGACAUGCAUCUGUGAGAACAGAAACCCUGCUUUUGUCAGGGAGGUUGAUUAAGGUAUAGCUACUAUCCAUCUGUGUAAAAGAAGAACCCAGUCAGUAUGAGCUGGGUUGUGGAGGAGUGGAAGGAAGGCCUGUCCCCCCGAGUCCUUCAGAAGAUUCAGGAGCUGGAAAGUCAAGUAGACAAGCUUAAAAAGGAGCGUCAGCAAAGACAGUUCCAGUUAGAGUCUCUGGAGGUAGCUUUGGAAAAACAGAAACAGAAGGUUGAAAAUGAAAAAAAUGAAGCUGCAACUCAGAAGAGAGAGAACCAGAGCUUGAUGGAAUUGUGCGAAAGUCUUGACAAGGCAAAGCAGAAAAUUUCACAUGAUCUUAAAGUAAAAGAAUCUCAAAUCAACAUUCAAUCAGGGCAGCUGAAUGACAGCAAGAAAGAAAUUGAAAGACUAGAACAGGAGCUGAAAAGAUACAAAUGUGAGCUUGAGAGAAGUCAGCAAGCAUUGAUUACAGGAGACUCAUCAUUCAGUGGUACUCCACAGAAAAAUUUAACUGCUCCUUUAACACCAGUUCAAAGUCAUAAUGAUGCUAAGUUUGAAGAAUUAGAAGAAAAAUACAAGAAGGAAGUAGAAGAAAGAAAAAAGCUAGAGUUAGAACUGAGAACCAUCCAGGUUAACAAAAUAAAUCAGCCUUAUCCUCAGCAAAGCUCUUUGAGUCAUAGGGAGAUUGCUUGGCAUCAGGCUUCCUCAUCUGUGUUUUCAUGGCAACCAGAAAAGACACCAUCUAGAAAUCAAGAAACCCCUGCAAAGAGAAGUUCUACAGCAUCCUAUUUUCCAUGGGAAAAGGAAACAAAUUCUAGUAUAAUAUCAGAGAAGAAGGAGUUUGACAACAGCUUUGCUGAGAAUUGUAACUCUUCACUCAUCACCCCGCUCAGAGCACAGAACCAAGAGCUAAAUUCAAGUGUUAAAGACCUAGAAAAACAACUGCAAGCUCUAGAAAAAGAGAAGAAAUCCCAUAUGAAUAAAUAUCAAGAGGCUGAACUCAAGCUGGACAGAAUGAAGUUGGAAUUAACACAGAAGGAUAAAGUCAUAACUAAAACUAGAGAUAAAAUAACUCAAAUGACGAUGCAACUCAAUCAAGCAACGACACAGGUCCAAAUGAUGGAGCAAAAGAUGAAAAGAUUGUCUGAAGAACUGAAUUGUCAAAGACAAAAUGCUGAGAGUACUCGUCAGUCUUUAGAACAGAAAAUAAAGGCUAAGGAGAAGGAAUACCAAGAGGAACUAGCCUGUCAGCAACGUUCCUUACAAAAGCUGGAUCAGCAGAGCAACCAUGUAAGAAACAAACUGAACCAGGAGCUACAGCAAGCCAAAAACGACUUCAACUCCCUGCAGGCAGAAUUUGACAAAAUAAUGGCAGCAAAGCAACGCUUGGAACGUGAUAACAGUGAUCUCACUCAGAAGCUGUGCAGAGCGGAGCAGGCUCUGUUAGCAGCCCAGGCUAAGGAAAGUGACUUGACAAGAAGCUUUGAGGAAGUGAAGCAGGAAAAAAACCUUCUGGACUUGAAAUUUGAGAAAAAAUUGCAAGAGAUCCACCAGCUUGAAGAGGAACUAGAAACAGUCAAGCAGUCUUUAAAGCAGAGCCAGAAUUUUGCAGAAGAGAUGAAAAAUAAGAAUGUUUUUCAGGAAGCAGAGCUGAAGUUACUGGAAGAGAAAUGUAUAAAGCAAGCAAGCUCAUCUUCUGUAGAGCAACUGAAACUAGCUUUAGCUGACAUGGAAAAGCAGCGAAAUUCUACCCAAGACCUGAUCGAGGAAAAAGAAAAUCAUAUUAAAGAACUGAACUGUAAAAUAAAUAAAAUGGAGGAGGAAUCAGAAGCUUUGCAGAGUCUCCUUGCAUUCAAACAGAGAGAAUAUGAAGAAUUAAAAAAAGAGACUAAUACUGUUUCUCAAUGGAAUAAUGAAAAUGACAACUUACUGCAAAUCAAGGGUGAAAUAGGAGAAAGUAACAUAGAACAGAUGCAUGAAAGCUUUGUGACAGAAACUAAAGAGCACAUUAGUAAUUUGCAAGCAGAUAUUUCAGCAUGUCAGACAUUUGUUGGACAAACUUCAGCUAUUCUUGAAGAAAAGGACAUGCAACUGCAAACUCUGAAUGAAAGACUAAAAAACCAAGAAGCAGAGCUUCAGGAUUUAAAGAUCAGUAAUAAAUUGCUUGAGGAUUCAGUAAGACAGCUGAAGCUCAUGUCUGAGACAUGGGAUUCAGAAAAGAAGGGCAUGUCUUCAAUGAUCUGUUCAUAUAAAAAAGAAAUUGAGGAAAUUACUCAAGAAAAUGCAACCAUUAGGGAUUUAAGCAGAGCUUUAGAGCAAAACCAAAUAACUUUACAGGAAGCAAAUGAAAAUAUUUCUAAUAUUUUAAAGGAAAAAGAAGAAAUCAUUUCUGAAAUGUCCAGGAAACAUAAGGAGGAAAAGCAGUGUAUUGAAGCAAGAACUGAAGAAAUCACAAGAGAGCUGAAAAUUUUGCAAGAAAAGUAUAAAGUGGUAGAAGAAGAAAAUGUAGACAUAAUGAGUAUUCUGAGAGAGCAGACCGUUGAGUUUGAGGAAAAGAAAGCAAAAUUAGAACAAAAAGAGAAACUAGUACUUAGUGAGAAUAAAGAUAUCUUACAUAAACUAAUAGCCUCAGAAGAGAUAAAAAAGGAUUUGAUUCAAGAACUUCAACAACUACAAUCAGAAUUUUCUGACAUCCAACACGUGCCCUCUCGUGAGCCUGACUGUUCAAGACAGGAAAUAUUAAAUGUUGAGGCAAGACUAAAUGCAAUGCAAGAACAACAAGACAUUGUAUUUCAAGGCAAGGAGCAAUUGGUGAAGGAAAUCGAGACAAAAAAUGAACUUCUAGUAUGUGACUUUAGUUGCAAAAGGAGAGACUGUUCAGAACAUUUGAGGAAAUGCAUGGAAGAAAAGGAUGCUGAGCUGAAUAAACACCAGUUUAAGCUUCAGCUUCUUCAAAUGGAUUUUGAGGACAGAGAACUCUCCCUAGAGAACUGCAGGUUAGAAUUGAUACAACUGAAGACUGCUUUAAGGGAAAUGGAAACAGAACUUGAGGAAAGUGUGAGAGAGAAAGAGAGACUGCAGCAAGAACUGUUGUCUGUUAACAAAUUGGAAGCUUCAUAUUCUCAGCGUACAGUAUUAGGUGAAGAUUGCCACUCGUUGGAGUAUAGUGAUGAUGAUGUUUCUCAGAACUGUGGAAAAAGAGAAAUGGAUGAAAGUUAUUCACCAGUCUUGUUGUCAUCCUCUUUGCAGCUAACAAUAAGCAAACUGAGUGAGCUGGAAAAAAUAUAUGAGAAGUUGCAGAAUGAGAACAUUGCAUUAACCUCUGGAUUUGAAGACUUAACAUCUGCGAUACCAUCAGUUUUUAAUAAGGUGGCAGAGGAAGAAGAGAACAUAAUGAAUAGUGCAGAUACAAAUUUAAGAGCUGAGAAAACUACUUUUCCCAAUGAAGUUAUGGAUCCAAGUGAUAACAGCGAUUUGAGAAUGCAUUGUGAUAAUAAGGAAAUCUCCUUCAAAGAAUGCAGUGCUGGACCUAGUUCUGACUAUGAAGACUUAAAAUUGUCCAGCAAAGAAGUUAAAAUUCACUUUGCUGAAGUGAAAGAGAAAAUUUUCUCUUUCCAGAAUGAGCAUAUAAAGUUAUAUGAACAUCAUUGUGGUAUGAUCUCAAAGAUAUCUGAGCUACAGUCUUGCAUUGAAAUACUAAAGGCAGAAAAUGCUGCAUUGUCAACAAGUCUGAGCAGUGCACAUACAGAUUAUCUGUCAGGGCCACUAUCUUCUACCCAAAAUGGCACACAAUCUAAAUUAGAUGAAACGAAAUCCACAAUUUCUUUCUCAGGUCUCUGUUUCUCAGAAGUAAGUGAGGUUGAUAAUUCUUUUAACAGUGGUCUGUGCAAAUGGACAGAGGAAAUUAAUCAGCUGAAAAGUUCUGCAGAAAUAAAUUCAGAAGGUGCAGCAAAUGUUCUGGUUGAAAAUUGUCAUAAUGAUACCACACUGGACUCUGUUAAAGAAAGCAGGAGCAUUACUCUCAGCACAUCUAAUCUUGAGGGUAGAAUUGAAGAACUUGAAAUGCUUUGUCAGACAUAUGAGAAGGCGCUUAAAGUGCUUGAAGACCAACUUCAAGUUCAAGAGAAUAUGAAAAAUGAAGAAAUACAAGAGCUGAAAAAUAUUAUACUUUCAGAGAGAAAAGAAAUAGAUCAUCUUAAACAACAAAAUCUGUCAGACAGGGAGGAGUGGCGGCAGAAACUGAGUAACCUGACUACAGAAAUGGAGUGGAAACUGGCAGAAGAAAGAAAACAAACUGAGAAUCUGUCUUUGGACUUUGAAGCAGCGCAACUCCAACUACAAGUCCUUGAUAUAAGUUCUCAUUCGCUGCUGUGCACUGAUACUGAAAACAACGCUCAACAGGAAAAUGAUAGUCUUUAUCACCUGGGAAGCCCCUUUUGGAAGCCCUUCCCUACUGGAAGUCCAGAAAUGAGAAACAAUAAACCAAAACUAAUUCCCAUUGAGAAAUCUCCUGUAGGAGACAGCUCUGUGUGUGAAAAUGUAACUGGGACUGCUGAAGCAAGAUUAGUAGAAGAUUGUUCAGAGGAGUUUUCUAGAGAACAAAAAUGUAGAAAUACGUCAGGAAAAAUCACCAGCCCUUCCCAUCAUGUUAGUGCACUGUCAUUUUCUAAUAGUGGCAUAUUUUUGGGUUCAGAGGAUUUCUUCGAAAAUCAAAUAAACACCGAAGCUCUUCAGGAGGAGGCAAAGCAACAAACUCCUGAAAAUUUGAAGCUGAUCUGCGAGACAGAUGAAAGCCACGAAAAUGUUGAUUUACAAACGGAAGUCAAAAAGUUAAACUCUCACCUGCACUUUCAAAACGCACAAUUAGCUCUGGAGAGCUCAGCUUUUGCAGAACUGGAGGAAACUACUGUAGCAAAGGAAGAGGACAGUAGUAUAAAGGAGAAACUGGAAUCACUUUCUGUCAGUGACCAACAAUUAUCUCUUGAAGUUCUGUCUUUAGAAAAAGAACCUGAGAAAAUAAAGUCUGAGGUGGAGAUAUAUCAAGCUAAAUGGUCUAAUGCAGCAGACACACUGGAUGAUGUUGAAAUGGCCAAGGGAAACUGUCACGAACAAUUUCUUGGAGCUGAAAAUGAGCAAAGGCAGCCAAAAUCUGAGAAAGUUAAUAUUAAGAACCAUGACUUUUUCAUAGAUAACAAUACUGAAGUGCUUCAGGCAAAAUAUCAGCAGUUAGAAAGGGACAAGGAAAUUGACCUAAAAACUAUUUCUGUUCUUCAAGAGCAGCUUGUUUCAGUCACAGCUGAGAGAAACCAUAUCGGCCAAGAACUGUGUGUUUUGUCUGAUACUAAAGAAGAAUUGGAUCAAAAGUAUCAGAAGUUACAAGAGAAAUUAAAAGAAUUAGAGUCAACUAAGGUGGAUUCUACUGAAAUCAUUAGAAGGUUAGAGAAUGAAGUGAGGAUGCAAACAAAUCUGCUUGAGCUUGCUAAAUCUGACAUAAAUCGGCUAUCCAAUGAAAAAGAUAACCUUCUGCAGAAGUUAGGAGAGGAUGCAGUGUCUUCCAGUUUAGAAGAAAAGCUUCAAAACCAAGCAGCAGAUGUGAACAAGGAGAAAGAGCUGCUUGCAAGAGAAUUUGAAGCUAUGCAGAAUAAGUUAAGUGCAUCAGAAAUGGAAAACUUAAAGCUUUCUAGAUCUUUCGAAGGCUUGUUAAUUGAAAAAGGUGAACUUGCUGCUAGACUCAGCUCAGCACAGAAAGAGGUAGAUCAAAUGCGACACGGAAUUGAGAAGCUGAAAGUAAAAAUUGAAUCUGAUGAGAGGCAAAAACGCCGUGCUGCUGAAAAGCUGAAGGAGCAUGAACGGAAAGUUGACUUUCUUGUGGAUAAAAUCGAGAGGCUGGAAAGAGAAUUGGAAAUGUCAGGGGAAAAUCUAGAAGGUGUCAUCAUCCAAAUGGAGACGGCUAAAUCAGAGGCAGAAACGUUAACAGUAGAGAUGGAAGAGAUGACUGAAAAGUUGAAAUCUCAUCAAUUACAGAUUGAUGUUCUCACUUCACAAAACGAGUGUUUGGCAAAAGAUGUAAAAGAAAAGCAAGAAAGAAUCCUCGAACUGGAGUCUUCAAAUUUGACUACAGCAAAACUGAUAGAAGAAAAGGAGAAAGAAAAGAUGCAACUCAAGGAGGAGUUUGAAAAUUCUAUGUUAUUGCUGAAAUCUGAGCUGAAAGAUGUAAGUGAGAAAUUAGAGCUUUCCUCCCAGGAGGAAGCAGUUGCCAGAGCAAAAGAGCAAGUCUUGAUUAAUCAGGUUGCUCUUCUUGAGCAAGAUAAAACAAUAUUACUGCAGGAAUGUCAGGAAAUAAAAAAUGAAAAUAUCAAGUUGGAUCACACAAGGGAAUUGCUUGCUCAAGAAUUUACGGAUUGUAAACAAAAGCUGGAUGAAAAAGUACAGGAAAAUUGUGCUCUUCAGCAGCAGGUGAAAGAAACAGAGGAGCUGUCUUCACAGUUGACACGCAUGGAACAAGAGUGUGAACGUUGGCACCAGGAAAAAGAAGCUCUGCAUAACUUGGUUGCUGAGCUGAAGCUAAAGGCGCAAUGUUUUUCUAAUAAUGAAAGCUUCCCAGAUAUCCUGAAUGUUCUAAAAGUGUCCUAUAAAGGCCUUGAGGAGGAGCUGGAAUCUACUCUUUGUGAAAAGACUGCUUUAUCCAAAAAGGUAAAUGAACUGACCGAAAGUUGUGUUGAGCUGGAAGCCAUGCUAAGUGAUACUGAACAGAAGAUUUCCAAAUUACAGGAAGAAUUUACCACGGAAAAGAACAAGCUUGCUGAACAAAUACAACUUCUUCAAGAACUCUCAGAAAAGAACAAAACUCAGCUGCAUAUAACUAUGUCAGAAAAAAAUGAACUGACGAAGAGUUUGGGGAUGGUCCAGAAAGAACUACAAGAAAAAGAAAGUGAAAUGAAAAGAGAAAUAGCAGAGUACCGAGACAGACUACUUCAAACAGAGAAAGCGCUUCAGGAUGCUUUGACAGAAGCAAACAGAAAGAAUGAAAUGCAAAUUGAGGCCUGUCAAGAUAAGAUGAAUUCAUUAGGGCUCUUUAACAGCUCACAAAAAUUGGAACUUGAGCAAUUGAUGUCAGCUAAUGAAGAAUUAAAUAAUUCUCUUAAACUAGCUAAUCAGACUUUAGGAGAGCUCCUAAAUCUUCAGAUUAAUAAUGGCAAUAUUAUAGUUCAACUAAGGAAGCAAAAUAAACUUGCAGCGAGUAAAGUGCAGCUGUGGAUGAAAUCCUGUAAGCAUAUGGAAAAGGAAAAGGAACGGUUGCAGCAACAACUAACAAAAUGCGAAGAAAUGUUAAAGAAGAAAGAUCUAAAUGUGUCAGAGAAAGAAGGUGCUGAUGAGAAUGCCAUUACAGAAGAAAUUAAGUUAAAACUGGAAGAAUUACAGGAAUCUGUAGAAGAGAAAACCAGAGAGGCAAAUGAGAACUUGGAGAAAUACUCCUCUCUGAUUGUUAAAUAUUAUAAACUAGAGCAAGUAAACGAGAUGCUAGAAACACAAGUCACUUUGUUGAGCAGUCAGCUGAAGCAGCCAAUGAGAGAUGCUGUCAGCAGCCCUUUGCUGAGUUCAGGCAACUUAUCAACAGUGAGCAAUCAGUCUGAUCCAAGAGAUGAAGAUUCUGCUGAGCUUUCAAGUAAAAGGCAGAGGUCUGAAGACACCUGGAAGGAGAAUGGAGAACCAAGAUCCCCUAUGCCAGAGCCUUCAUCAAAAAAAGAAAGGAAGGAUUCUAUCUGUCAAAACUUGCCGUGUCAGGAGAACUCAGACUGUGAGCCGGACGGGCUUCCAGAAGUAGUGAGAAAAGGGUUUGCUGAUAUCCCUACUGGAAAGGUUACUCCUUACAUUUUACGCAGAACAACCCUAAAUCUAGGGACCAGUCCUCGUGUGGGUUCCCCAAGUGAGAAAUUCCUCUUACAGACACAAGACUUACAGAAGGAUCAGAAUCUCAGUGAGCGCUCCUGUUCGACACCUGGUGGCAGCAAAUCACAAAAGGUAAAUGGUGAACAGCAGCCCCAAGCAGGGACAGCUCUUCCAGCACUGAAAUCUACUUCAAGGUCACCACUUUGCCCGUAGAAGCAAUCCACAAGCAUUGUCUCUGACGAUACUAGGGAGACUUGUAUGAUUCACAAAGCCAAAAAUUCCCUAAAUGAACAAGCACUACCCAAGCAAGAUGAAAAACAAGAAAAUUGUAAGGUGCUGUACAUUUCUUUCAAUUUAAUUACCAUGCAGAACAACUGAUGACGAAAAACAGUUUGUCAUGGAAAUACCAGACCUAUAUGGAGGACACUAUUUUCUCUUAUCGAAUGAUUAACAAUAAUCUUCAGAUCUUGUUCUUGAAUAUUUAGUAAUAUCAAGUCACUAAAAGUUGUGGAACGAUACUGAAGGAACAGAUCUUCUUUGAAUUUUCUGUGAAGAAUUGUACAUAAACCUGCUAUAAAAUUAAACUAUUAAGCCAAAAAGUGGACUACACGUUGCCUUGUAGAUCAUUGAUACCAUUUGUUCUGUGUACAGAAUGAUGAUUUGCAAAUGGAAAUUAAACUCACCUGAGCAUCUCUCAAUCUAUUAGGUUCCAGGAAAAAGGAGGCAAACACUAUUAGAGGUUUUAUAAUGAGGCACUGACUUUGUAACUGCAAAAGCAUAUAUAUAACCAGACAGAGGCUGGAGUGCACAGGUUCAGUCCACUGUGUUCUUGGUACCCCUUCUUCCAGGUAGAAUAACAGUGUGCAGAGAGGAACCCUGCUCCAAACAAAGCUAUUUUCCCUGAAAUUAAGUAUCUGCCAGUCCAUCUCUCCAUACUGCCCACUAUGCUCUGGCUUUGGCUGUAGCUGAAGAUGUUACAACGAUAAUCUUCACCUCUGCAAAUUGGCCCUUGGCCAGCCAGCAAUCCCCAGCAAGCUGGGGUGGGAGCUGUGUACCUAGCCACGAAGGACAUCGUGACGACAAGCAGUGCUCCUUCUAGGAGCAGUGGCUGCCUGCUGAUUCUCUGCAGGAAGUCACCCUUUACCCUUAAAAUCCUUAUCCUCAAAUGUGUUAUUUUAUAUGGAAAUGAUUGCAGGUAGCUGACUUGUAAUUGAUGAAACAGGAGUGGAUGUGUUGGAGAAAUGGUCAGGUGUCAAGAAAUAGUUGCAUGUAAAGCCUUGAGUUGGUCCCUUUUCAUUUGAGAAAAAUCCUAGUUUAUAUCCUAAAAGAAGGUAAGGAUAGCAAUAAUUUAGCUGGAAAUACCAUCUAAAAUUCUGGUAUCAUCAAUGUAAGAAAAUAAAUUUGUCUAGUUUAUGACUGUGCACUUGAAUUUACGAUGAUUCAUUACAAAUAAGCUCAGCACAGCAAGCUUGUGCUUGUUGAUUUCAGAGAUCUAAUUGGGCUUGCUCAGUAGCUCAGAGUAAUUCUGCACAGAAGAGGGUUACAUCAACUAAAUCAGUCAUUAUCCAACUGAAGAGAAAUUACUUUUCCAAUAAUUCAUCUUGCUUAUGCUUGCCUACCCAAGUAUUAGGAAAACCAAGCUGCUCUACAUGAGCAAUAGUCCUCUGAGACUUCAAGUUGUGCAGCAGAGGAGCCUUCUCAUGUUGUUCUUCCAUCAGAAAGGUGUCACUUCUUCUUUCAACAUAGGUCAGUAUCAGUGUUUUCUACUCCUUGAAAGAAGUUUCUUAAUUUUAAAGUAAAAUAUUUUUGUUCCAAGGUGAACUUCAAAAUAUGAGUGCUUUUUCCCUAAUGAUACGAAGACAAGGUUCUGCUCCAAGCUGUGUCAGUGUUCCACUUGGUGUUCUUCUCUUACAAACAUGUAUAAACCAGCUUUUUGCCUUGCUGACAGCAUUGCCUGCUACAAUACGGUUUAUGAGAACAAAUUGCUUUUCUCAUCAGUUUAACUGAAAGAUCUUUAAAGAAAUUCAACAUUUGUCUCAAAUGAGCCUAAUGAUAACAGACCAAAAUAUUCCAUCUAGUUAAAAGGAACAAAAACAUCAAGUUAUCCUUCAGUAACUAGGUACACUUACGGCUGGCAUCAGAUCAGUAGAUCUUGUGGCUUUUUCUUAAGCUUCUCCACUUGUUUCUGAACCUAGAUAUUAGGUAAUUAAAACAAUUCCUUGUGGCUGUUUGCCUAGAGGCAUCUUCAAGGGAGCCUGAAAGAGGCCCAGCUUAAAGAACGCAUUUUGAUUGCCUCAGCGUCUGUCAGUGUACCAACAGAGCUGCUCAUAAAAUGUUCAAUUAUUUCAGAUAAAGCUUUGUAUAUUCAAAGUGUUUAGGGAUUGUGCAAAGAAUUAUAGCAUUUUUUUUUUAAAUAACUUCGUUACAAAGCAGAUUUUGAGGUAGAAGCAGGAGUAGGAAAAUGCAUUGCUAACAGACAAUAGAAAAAAAGACAACACUGGAGUGUUUUAUUUAUCCCAAUCUUUUUCUAUUUUCAUCUGAUGCCUUGAAAAGUGUCCCACUUGGAGAAGAGUGUGGAAAAAAAAUCUAUGUUUAGAAAGCUGCCUAAUCUUGACCAGAGAAGUUUAAACAACUAAGUUAUAAUGAAGUAAAUAUCACUAAAGAAAGGAUUGAGGCUUUUGUAAUUACAUAUUUUCCUAUUUGGCCAUGUUUGUAUUUUACGAGCCUGUAGAUUCUUUUAAAUGUGAACCUUACAUUUUGAAAGAUCACAAUGUUUGUUUGUUCACAGUUACUGGUAUCUACUGUAGUACUAGCUAAUCUUAGGUUUGUGCAUAUGAGCUAAUAAAGGUUAAGGUUUUAUGAGAAAUUACUCAGAUUAAUACCUAAAGCACUUGAAAAUGGGACUUACUAUUCUACAUGCUAUUGUAAACCAGUGAGACUUUAGGUCACAAUUCAUGUAAGGUUUUGAAAACUGUAUCUAAAACUUAAUUUCCAACUUAUUUGUAAAUCAAGUGUGUGGUAGGAAAAAAUCAAAAUGCCUCAUCGGGCUUUCUAGGAAGAGGAUUGCACAGGAAGUGUUGGUGUCAGCUGUCAGUAACUAAUGAGAGGGCACUUGCAUCUGGCUUUCUAUUUGGAUUGUGAAAAUCUCUGUAAAAAUGCCCUCCUUGGUGCUCUGGCACUGUUCUGAGCAUGGUAACCUGACCAUGCUAUGUCUCAGGCAGAUGCAUUUGCUGGAUCUCUUCCUCAUUUUCCUGUUUGCCCAAGGUUUACAUUGUAUUUGGUGUUUAUCUAAACUACCUGGAUGCCCUAACUAAUUUCCAACGCUGUCUGAAGCACCAAGAGCUGGAGGCUGAAGGCCCGCUGCAGGAAUGCCGCUGUCCUUUUGCUGUGUGUGGUUGCAGUUGACGGACGGGCCU